CGCCGGGCAGGCGCUCCGUCCCGACUCGCGCGCACGCCGAGUCCGCGACCGUCUGACCCCCCCCCGCUGCAUGAGAAGGAGAGGGGAGAGCGUUUUCGAGAGACCCUCGACGAUCACCUCGCGCGAACCGGACCUUCAAACGGACCGCGACUUUACCGUAGACUCCACCGAGGGGACCGCGACGAUGUCGAUGGACUACGGCCCGGCGACGGUCCGGGACAGGACCAAAGAGUUCGCCGCCGCCGCCGAGCGCGCGGCCAAAUCCUCGGGCGCGUCAUCCAUCGGCGGCGGCGAGGGCGGCCUCUCGUCAUCCGGGAUCGACGGCGCGGGCGCCUCGUCGUCGACGGGCGCCACCAGCGAGUUUGCGCGAAUGUCCGCGAGGAUCGGCCGCGGGAUCCACGCCACGUCGCAGAAGCUGGAGCGCCUGGCGCAGCUCGCCAAGAGGAGCGGAACCUUCGACGAUCCGUCGCGGGACAUCGCCGAACUCUCCGCGGUCAUCAAGCAGGACAUCACCGCGUUGAACAGCGCGCUCGCCGAGCUCCAGACGUUCGCGGCGCGCACGCAGGAGACGAAGCAAGGCCGGGAUCACUCCGUCACCGUGGUUGACACGCUCAAGUCGCGGCUGAUGGGCGCCACGCGAUCGUUCAAGGAGGUGCUCACCACGCGGCAGGAGGUGGUGAAGGAGCAGAACGAGCGCAGGGCGAGGUACGGUGGGACGUCGGCCACAGCUGUCGCGCCCGCGAACAUGUUUCGAAGAGCCGACUUUGGCGUCGGUCGGUCGCACUUCCCGCGCGCGACGCAUCAGACGGACGGCGCCGCGAGUGCCGACGGAAACAACAGUGGAACGACGGGCAGGUUCCAGCACAGGGGUGGCGUCGCGCAGGCAGGCGGGCUCCCCACGCACAGCGGCCGCGGCGGAUACGCCACCGGGGACGAUCAGACGCAAGGUCAGCUCCUGGUCGCGCACGGUCAGGAUCAGUACCUCAGCGCGAGGUCCGAGGCGCUGCAGAACGUCGAGCGGACCAUCACCGAGCUCGGUGGGAUCUUCCAGCAGCUGGCGACGAUGGUGGCGGAGCAGGGCGAGCUGGCGGUGCGGAUCGACGAGAACGUGAACGAGUCAGUGGCCAACGUGGACAACGCGCAGACGCAGCUGCUCAAGUACAUGAACUCGAUAUCGUCCAACCGGUGGCUCAUCAUGAAGAUCUUCGGCGUGCUCAUCUCGUUCCUGGUCUUCUUCGUCGUCUUCGUCGCCUAG